AAAGUAAUUUUGUUCCGUCUCCUCAAUGAAAAGUCACGAACAAGCUGUGCAAUUUCUCGUAUAGCACUCCGUAAGUCGCUCAUAUCCUUGACUAACGUCUAACAUGGACUUUCAGAAGAUACUUGAGCUUGCAUCCACUAAUCAGAAAAGUGCAGAGAAAAGGCUCGGAGAGACCAAGAGGUACAGCUCCAAGGUCCCGCCUCCCAAGAAAGAGCCAAGACCCAACGUUGAUCCUGAUGCAAUAAGGGCCAGGAUCGAUCAGAAAGAGAAAGAAAGACAACAAAAAUUGAUAGAUGAUGAACGUGCAAAGAGGGAAGGAGCCGUAAGACAGGUACAGCUUGAUCGAAAACUAGCUGAAGAGAAGCGGAACAAUCGGAGGUCAUCUAAAAGAGCUAGAACUUCCACGGAUCCUAAGACCAAAAGGAAUUCUUCUGCGUCUUCCGGAGAAUCCUCGAGAAGAGCAGAGCCAUCAGGAUACCGGGAUAAGGAGCAUGAGGUCGUCCAUAAAAAUUUCAUGCAUAAAGUGGAGAAAAAUUCUGAGAGACAUAGAGAGAAAGUAGCAAAGAAAGAGAAGAAAGAAACGGAAGUGAGGCCUUUGAAACGUAAGCCCACCAAGAAGCCUCGGCCUGCUGCGAAGAAGCCAAUGAGCUACGAGGAGCUUAUGAAGUUUGCGGAACAGCAGAAGGCAGGCAUUUCUUCAAAGAGAGAUGGAAGGAUGGAAGAAGAGGAGGAGGAUUCGGAAGAAGAGGAAUAUUCAGAAGAGGAGCAGGAUUCAGAGGAGGAAGAAUAUGAAAGCAGACCUAGGGGAAGAGAUAACAGACCUCUAGACAGGAACAGGGAACAGAGUAGGGAUCAACAAAUAAAGGAGAGAUUAAAAGAGGAGAGGAUUAAGAAAAUGGCAAAUGGAAAUAGUCGACAUAAUAUACCAGAGAAACAUGGUAGACCCCCACAAAACUACAACAAUGAUAGGAAAAGACAAUCACAGGGUGUUGGUAAAGACAGCAAAGGCCACAGACAUUCUAGCGAAACUGAGAGAAGCGUUGUGAAAAAAGCGAAUGGGCAAAUGAAUACAGGCGGAGUGAGGAAAGAAGGGAGAGGCGAUAGUUCUAGGAAACCUGCAGGGGAUAGAUUUGGUGGUGGGGAUGACAGGAGGAAAAUGAGUAGCGGUAGUAAUGUGCCUUCGAGAUCGGGUGAGAAACAAUUGAACAGGACAGGGGAGCGUCCAGUAUCUAAGAUUAGAGGAAGUGGUGACAAACGACCGGUGAGACCGAGUGAAACACACGCAGGGAGAUCAAGCGAUAAACUACCUCAAAGGCCAAAUGGAAAAUUACCCUCCAGGCCAGGAGAGAGACCAAGAGAGAGACCAAUGGGAAAAACUGAGUCCAGACCUGAAUCUAGACCUGAUUCCAGAGCAGUUUCUGGCAAUUCUUCUAGACCCGAUUCCAGAGCGGUUCCUGGCAAGUCAUCUAGACCCGAUUCCAGAGUGGUUCCUGGUAAGUCAUCUAGACCUGACUCCAGAGCGGCUCCUGGCAAGUCAUCCAGACCCGAUUCCAGAGCGGAUCCUGGCAAGUCAUCCAGACCUGAUUCCAGAGCAGUUCCUAGCAAGUCAUCUAGACCUGUUCCUGGUAAACAAUCUGGACCUGCUCCCAGCAAGCCAUCCAGACCAGUCCAGCGCCAAGAUGAAAGAGCUAGAGACCGUCCCAGACCGGCGAAUCAUGACAGGGAGAGACCAAGGCCGUCAGGCAUGGGACCACCGAGGGGGCAAGAAGUCACAAGAAAAAGACCAGCUAAACCACCCAUUAUGCAUGUCAAGCGAGGGCGUAUCAUGGUGAGCGAUAGCGAGGAGGAGAGCGACUAUGAUGACGGGGACGGCUUUAUUGAUGAUACUCCGAUGGAGCAGAGCGGGGGAUCUGAUGUCUCGAGUUAUAUCAAGGAAAUCUUUGGAUAUGAUAAAUCAAAGUAUGGUUAUGAGAGCGAUUUUGCUUUACGUGCUAUGGAUACCAGCUACAGAGAUAUUCAGAGGGAAGAAGCAAGAAGUUCCCGUCUCGGUAUGAUGGAGGACUUGGAGGACAUCAGGAGAGAGAAAGAAGAAUUGAAGAGGAAAGCCGGGAAGAAGGCAAAGAGGAGGUAAUGGAGGGAAGAAAAGACGAUCAAACAUUCAAAUGAAAAAAACAGGUGGUAGAACGAGUUGUGAGACUGAUUAUUCACAAAUAGAUCAUGCAUAAUGUGUGUGUUAAAUAUCCAUUCAGUAGAAUUGUAGCCUGGUCAGAUCUCACUGAUAAUAGUACUUAACAAUAACCAUAUUGAUAUUAAGUCAUUAUCAAAUCACUCCCCUGUUGUUUAGUUGGAAUGAACUGGAGGUUGUUGUCGUUCAGACCUCAUCAUCUUAAGCAAAUGAACUUUCCUCAACGGCCACCAAUUUUUAUUGUAGGACAGACUUUAAUGAUAGUGUCUGUGAGCGAAUAAAUGCACUCCUUCGAGGUGACGCCACUGGUUAAUGAAAUAAUAUGGCCUGUUGGGCAUAAACUGAAGGCUAACACUAUAAUAAUAUAUUUGCAAAAUCGCUUUAAAAGAGACAUCGUUGAUGUAUUAAGCGCUAUAUAAAAGCGAAACAUUAUUAUCACUACAUGUAUGUAUAUGAUAUUAUCAUUAAAAACAUAAAUUAUCAGGUAAACACCCAAAUGGUGUCCAAUUCCCCAUGAGAGCCCGCUAUUAAUUAUGUAUCUUUAAAAGCUGGCUACUCGGGUAAAGGGGAUUGUGUUUGCAGGGCCAACAUUCCAUAGUCCGAUGGCAUCAAGAAAGAAGGUUUUCCAAUUAGUGUACGUAUUAGCACGUAGAGGUGUUGUGGUCGAGUGGAUACGUCGCUGGACUGUAGAUCACAAGGUCCGCGGUUCAAGUCCCGCCGCGGCACUAAUGUCCUUUGGCAAGACAUUGAUCUACAUUUGCCACUCUCCACCCAGGUGUUAAAUGGGUACCCGGUAGGAUGCGAAAGCCAAUGUGGUAUGGUUAGCAAUUUGAGCCUAGUAGCUCUUGUUGGAAUGCUCCCCAGGGAGUGGAGAAAGUGCAUACAUUGUGUGCCGGCAGCCAGAAUCCAAUGACCGGGGUGUUAAUGUAAAGCGCUUAGAAACUUGGGACAUUCCUGACGUAUUUAAGCGCUAUAUAGGCAAAAAUAUUAUUAUUUAUGAUUAGCAUAUGAGACGUCUAUCUUCUGCUGAUAGCCACGGAGGGAAGUUGAGACUUGAUUGAAAUUAUUAUGCAUAUUGCCUCUCGGACUUGCUUUAAGAUUACCAUGCCAACAGUUCGGCUCUAAAUCUAGCUUUUAUGGAAAAAGAAAGUCGAUACUCUACAUGGUCUUUGCAAUUUUAUUAUUAAAUUAUUUCAUUCUUGACAUUGUGAUAUAAUGUGUUGAUUAUCUUGAACAUAUUCUGCAGAGUAAUAUAUUUAUCUUGCCAAAAAAAGAACUCUAUUUUUCGUUUUGAAUCGAACACAAGGUACAUGUCACAUUUCCAUUAAUUUGGACAAAAGUGUUUCUUCUUGCAAUUGUAAGCAUCCUUUAUUUGAACAGAGGAUGAGUGUUCUAGAUUUUCUGUUGUUCUUUUUUGUUAUUAAUUCUGUUAUUAUUUCUUUAAUUUAAAAAAAAAGUUUGACUAUAUGGCUGUCGACAGGAGUUCUACUUAACCUCGGGUCUUAGAGUAGGUAUUGGAAGUAAAUAAAUGCAACUUUAGAUUUUGCAUGUUUAUGAAAAUAUUCCAUAAUACUUUUCUAUUUUUCACUUAGAACAUUUAGGAAAAGAUCAAAUUGAUUCAUUUUGGUGCUAUGUUCAAUGAAUUUUCUUAAACUUGUCAACUUUGACCUUUGAACAAACAGUGCCUUCUGCUCUGUGCUAUUUUGUUCAUGUGAGCAUAUUACAAACGUAUACGCUACCUUUCAAAUGAAAGGAAAGUGACUUGAGCAUAAUUCUUUUAGAAGAAGAUUUCAACUUCUUUAUCUUUAUUGUGUCUGUACAACAACAACAA